GGAAACAGACGCGCAAACUCGCGCGCUCAUUGGCUGCAUUUGAAAAGCUCGCUUCCCUAAAUGGCACUUCGCCUCCAGGUUUUAUGGCGUUGAGACAGGCGAGAGCGUGAGUCGCGGUCCUCUCCUCCUCCCCGAAUUCGCGGCGGCUGGCGAUACCCGUUUGUCAAAACCCGGCCCGGAAAAAAGCGGCCGCCUUCACGAGUGCAAAGUGUGUUCGGGUCGCGUCGCGGAGGUGUCGAAACUGAGUGGAACGGGACGGCAGGGGCGGCCAAGUUGUGUUCGGGAUCUGAGAAGAGCGGGCCCUGCGCGCAGCGCCGCGGAGCGCGUGUGCUGAAUGGUGUUGUGUUGUGUGUGAAGUGAGGUUAAGUGAGGUUAGGGAUGGAUGAGCAGCGGGCUAUGAUGCACGGAGUCGCAGGCCAGGUUGGCAUGAUGUCCGCGCCCUACGGCAUGCAGGCCGUCGAGCCCGGACAUGCCCCUCCGGCCACACCGGACCAGGAAACGCGCAAGCAGGACAUUGGUGAAAUUCUGCAACAAAUCAUGAACAUCACAGAUCAGUCACUCGACGAGGCCCAAGCAAGGAAACACACACUAAAUUGCCAUCGGAUGAAGCCAGCACUCUUCAGCGUCCUGUGCGAAAUCAAGGAAAAGACAGUUUUGAGCCUUCGCAACACCCAGGAGGAGGAGCCGCCCGACCCGCAGCUCAUGAGGCUGGACAACAUGCUGAUCGCCGAGGGGGUGGCCGGGCCCGAGAAGGGAGGCGGCGCGGGGGCGGCGGCGUCGGCGUCGGCCGCGGCGUCGGGAGGACCGGGCCAGCCGGACAACGCCAUCGAGCACUCGGACUACCGGGCCAAGCUGGCGCAGAUCAGGCAAAUCUACCACCAGGAACUCGAGAAAUACGAACAGGCCUGCAGCGAGUUCACCACCCACGUAAUGAACCUCCUCCGCGAGCAGUCGCGGACCAGGCCCAUCACGCCCAAGGAGAUCGAGCGGAUGGUGCAGAUCAUCCACAAGAAAUUCUCGUCCAUCCAAAUGCAGCUCAAGCAGUCGACGUGCGAAGCGGUCAUGAUCCUCCGGUCCAGGUUCCUCGACGCCAGGAGAAAGCGGCGGAAUUUUAGCAAGCAGGCGUCGGAGAUCCUGAACGAGUAUUUCUAUUCACACCUCAGCAACCCGUACCCGUCGGAGGAGGCCAAGGAGGAGCUGGCGAGGAAGUGUAGCAUCACCGUUUCACAGGUGUCGAACUGGUUUGGAAACAAGCGGAUACGAUACAAGAAGAACAUCGGCAAGGCGCAAGAGGAAGCCAACCUGUACGCCGCCAAGAAGGCCGCCGGCAUGGGUGGCGACGACCGAGGCGCCUCGCCCUACAGCCUGGGGCCGCCGUCACAAGGGACGCCGACGCCGAUGAUGUCCCCGGCGCCGGGCCAGGACUCGAUGGGCUACUCCAUGGGCAUGAACGGCGACUACUCGUCGCCCAUGUCAGGGUCGCAGCCGUACGCUGAGGCCGGCAUGGGCUACGACCCAAUGCACCAGGUGUCGGCGCACGUGACGCCCAAGAUGUCCGGAUCGCCGCCGCCGGGCCCGGGCGGCUGGGGCGCCCACCCGCACUCAGGCCACCCUGGCGGCCUCCGUGAGCACAUCCCCGACUUCCCCCCGGUGCAGCCCAUGCACCACGACGACGACGACGACUCGGUGGACUCGUGCGACCAGGCCACGUCCCUCAAGAGACAGAAGCUGUAGAGCGGGCCGGGGAGACCAGGUGUUGGUGUGACGAGUGGAACGAGUGAACUGCUGCAGAGCCACGCCGGACUUGGGAACGGACUAUUUUUUGCACUGAUUGUGAUGCUGGCCUGCUGGCUGUUUGAGUGAGUGGGUGAAAUGUGCGCCUUGUCCUGAGGAGAGGGCCAGAGGGAUAUGAUUGGAAGACUGCAGGUCUCAAUUUUAUAAAACCAUGUUCUGGAGAAAAGUCCCUUUUUGCAUUUUACUCCAAUAAUUGUGGUUCCAUCCUGCCUUGGUUUGCGUUGUGCCUACCGACUUCAAUAUGAGCAUAUUUGGUUCUUUCUUGAUGCAGACAUUGCCCUCUGUAGUUAAUUAGCAUCGCAUAGCAAGCAGGGAAGGAGAAGAAAAAGCGCUGUUAUGUUACCAGAAAUUUGAGAUUAUUUUAAAAGUAGACUGUUUGUUGAUUGAAAAACAAAACAAAAACAGAAACAAUUCUUUGGAUAUGCCUAAGGUAUACGUAGCUGAUGCCUAGCAAGGUCUAGCACAGCACCAUGAUGUCCUUUUUUUUCAAGGAUGCUCCCUUUAUGAGCUACAUAAAAAAAUUUAAACUCUAACAUGCUCUCCACAAAACAACAAAAGUAUACGCAACUUUUUACAGAUUACUAUAAAAUUGUUUUACAUUUGAAAUGACAUUAGCUAUCACGUUUUAUGUGAAACCUGUUUACUGAUUGUCAGCCACUGGAACAACAGGAUAAUUUUCAUCCUUGCUUUUCCUGAAAUGUAUUUCUUGAUCAUGUAGAGUUCCUGUUUGGAAACUAGCAGGCUUCAUACUGAAUAAAUGAUACACAUGUAUACGAAACAAAGUCACUGGGAAAUGUUACUUACGAAAAGCAACUAAUUAGAUUGUUAUUGUCUUGUUUCAUGGCAUCAUUUGCACUUAGAAGUGCAUCCUGUUGUUCCAACCAGCUGCUGUUUGCUAUAAACUCCUGUAUACGUAAAUUUUGACACAUCAAUGUUAUUACCAGCUCCCAAUAUAAACGCAACUAUUUUUGUAAUAUUAUUUUGGCUGCAAGCCAGAACCCACCUUUGACCAGCCAUUGGGGUGGUCUGCACCAAGCUUCCUGAUUGGAAUGUGAUGUGAAAGUCAACUUAUGUUAAGACCCAUUCUUUGUGUAACGUAUCUAGUGUCCACCCUAAUCUGGGCAAUUUUACCGAAGAAGAGGUUGCACCUGUGCAUUAAAAAUAUGUCAUUGUUUCCUUUUAAAAUCUAGUAUUUUUUGAACUAUGUUCUAAAGUCUUCUCACUGAUAAUAGUACAAUGUUGUUACUCCCUUUGUUUGACAGAAGCAAGAUCCACUGUGUUAGUCAAAACUCGAUUGUAGAAUUCAUUCAUUUCCACAAUUAGAUCUAAAAUAACAAUGUACUGUAUUUUGAGUCAAAACAGUCAUAUAAUCCUCAAUAAUAAAUUGUUUGAACUAUUGAAGGCCAUUCUCAGGAAUUGAUAGAAUUGGUUGUUUUGUUAGAAAAAGAUACUAGUUUACUUUUUCUCUAUAGUUGUUCCUCGGAAAUACAGGACUAAGGAGCAUGUGCUACUUAAAAUGAGCAAUGUAUACGAUUUUAAAUGUGCGCCAAACAAUGAGAUUGCUCAUGUUUGGCGUGAACAAAAUACCCUCUUUUAUUUAUGAGACUUUUUUUGUCACAAAUAAAAUGACUAAAAAGAUGUGUUUUA